AUGUCCGCUGGGGGUGAACAUUUGAAAGAUGAAGGCUCCAAAAGGCAGACGGUGCUCGCUGGCGGAGCCGCUGGCUUGAUCUCCCGCUUCUGUAUUGCGCCUCUCGACGUGGUGAAGAUUCGACUGCAGCUGCAGGUUCACUCGCUUUCGGAUCCUCUCUCGCAUCAAACCAUCAAUGGACCCAUCUAUAAAGGCACCAGAUCGACAAUGCAGGACAUUGUGAGACAAGAGGGUAUCACGGGUCUGUGGAAGGGCAACGUCCCCGCCGAACUCAUGUACGUUUGCUACGGAGCGCUCCAAUUUACCGCAUAUCGAACGAUCACUCAAGCACUGGAGCAAAUGGGCCCUUACCGUCUGCCACAAUCCGCCGAAUCCUUCGUCUCUGGAGCCCUAGCCGGCGGAAUCGCGACCGCCACGACAUAUCCACUUGAUCUUCUUCGCACGAGAUUCGCCGCCCAAGGGAAUGAGCGCAUCUACCGAUCCCUGAGCUCCUCCCUACGGGAAAUCGCCCAACAAGAGGGAACCAAGGGAUUCUUCCGUGGCUGCUCGGCCGCCGUGGUGCAGAUUGUGCCCUACAUGGGCCUCUUCUUCACCGCCUAUGAAGGGUUUCGUCCUGUGUUAGCUCAAUGGGAACAACUACCAUUAGGUACAGGAGAUGCGGCUGCUGGUGUACUGGCCAGCGUGAUCGCCAAAACCGGUGUUUUCCCCUUGGACUUGGUUCGCAAGCGUCUGCAGGUGCAGGGCCCUACGCGAACCCGUUACGUGCAUCGCAACAUUCCUGAAUAUACGGGUGUCAUGCAGUCCAUUGGACUGAUUUUGCGAACACAAGGUGUGCGAGGUCUAUACCGGGGCUUGACCGUGAGUCUGCUCAAAGCAGCCCCGGCAAGUGCAAUCACAAUGUGGACCUAUGAGAGGGCCUUGAAGAUGCUUCAGGAGACAGGUAUUCUCGCAUAG